AUGUUCUCUAUCUUUGACAGAAUUAUCUCCCCCGAAGUUCUAGGGAAGCUCCCCGAGCCUAGGCCAGCGCCACAGAGCAAAGUCACUUUCGAGCAACGAAGGGAGGAGGUCGAUCUACUAUGCACCGCCGAACUGGAGAUCGCAAGAGAAAGAUGCCACCAGAAAGUGGAGGAGAUAAUCAGACACUGCAGAGAAAGGAAUUGCCGAUAUCGUGAUAUCGAAUUUGACCUCGAAGACGAUCAGGAGAGGUGCCUGUAUGGGCUUAACCGACUCGCUCUUCCACCAGCUGAACCGGGCAAGUUACCCUUGGAGCCCGCCGACGUCCUGCGAGUUACGCAAAUAUUCGAAGAGCCAGAAUUCUUCAUUGACGGUGCAAGUUCAUCGGAUGUCGUACAGAGUAACCACGCGGGAAAUAGCUGGUUCAUGAGUGCCGUAUCGACUGUUGCGACAAUGAAACGGUUGAUUGAUCGUAUAUGUGUUCACAGAGAUGAAGAAGUCGGUGUCUACGGGUUUCUGUUCUAUCGCGAUUCCGGAUGGGUAGACGUCAUUAUAGACGACCUUUUGUUCACUCGAAUUCCCAGAUACGAAGAACUUGUAGAUGUUCAGCAAAAGAUGUACCACGAAGAUAAAGAGCGAUUUGAUACUCGGGCUCGUGUGGGGGGCAAGACGCUGUACUUUUCGAGAAGCAAGACGGAGAAUGAGACCUGGUUACCGCUACUGGAAAAGGCGUAUGCAAAGUUACAUGGUGAUUAUGGAGCUAUUGAUUUGGAUUGGGGCUCAGAGGCCGUUGAAAGUUUGACCGGAGGAGUGUCGAGCAUCUUCCGUGUCAAGGAUAUUCUGAAUACUGAACGUUUCUGGGAGGAGCAACUCAUGAAUGCCAACAAAGACAGACUCUUCGCAUGUGUUAUGAAUGAUUCGCGCCGGCAGAUAAAUGGCCUGGUCCCAAAACAUGCGUACUCGGUCCUUGAAGCAUUAGAAGUCAACGGAAAACGAUUUCUACGCAUGCGAAAUCCGUGGGGCCAAUCAGAAUGGAACGGCCCGUGGUCCGACGGCUCCAAAGAAUGGACACACGAAUGGCUAGCUCGCCUUCCCGAACUCCGCCACAAGUUUGGCGACGACGGCGAAUUCUUAAUGGAAUACAAAGAUUUUCUCAAAGCGUGGGCCACGAUCGAGCGUAGUCGACUGUUCGAUGGUGGAUGGAAGAUGAGCUCGAUGUGGUUGAAUGUGACUGCCAGGACCUAUCCUUGUGCCUGGAGUUAUGGCGAUGUCAGCUUCACAUUCUCGGUCACGGAGAACUCUCCGGCACUCCUUGUGCUCUCUAAACUCAACGACCGUUAUUUCAGAGAUGUCUCGGGUUGUAACGACUGGUCCAUGGACUUUGUCGUUUAUCGUAUAGGUGCUCCGGCCAAACAGCCUUACACCCGUUCAUAUCAUAAUGUGCUCUGGCGGCGGACAGUCAGUGUCGAACUGGCCAACCUCGAAAAGGAGACUAUGUCUUGCACAGCUGAUAUUGAUUUUCAAUGGCAGUAUUACUAUCAAGACUCGGUCGGAAGCUGGGACACCCGUAAACUGAGCAAGGUCCUAACUCAAGAGGCAAUAUCCAAGUCGAUCGCAGUCAAUUUCGACCCCAACGCAUAUACGAGCCACCUUCCAGCUCCGGAAGAUCUGUUUGGUGGCGAAGACCUAAACACUCUGGAGGAGAAGAACCUUGGACUUGAUAGUUCCAAGUCUGCGAGCGCCAGCGAAUCGAGCCCUUCGCCAACUACGCCCAGAGAGCCCAGUCCUAUAAUGCCGGUUGGUGAUGCGCCGUAUACUAGUUCUCCUGAUUUGAAGCCCCCGGCGACCGAGCCUGAACCUGGUCCUGGUCCUGGUCCUGGGCCCGACGCUCCGACCGAAAGUGGCGGGGAAACCGCCAACACAGAAGAAGUGGUGAAGCCCGUCGAUGAGCCAAGGACUCAUUCCGAGGAGCCCGCAAUGGGAGGUGAGGGUCAAGUCGUUACACCUGAAAAGACAAUCGAGGAAGUCCAAAAGGAUAACACGCAGGGGAACACUAAUGAGCCAUAUCCGGUACCGGCGGUGGGAACCUAUUCAAAUAGUCCUUCAUAUAACCCAUCUCCGCGUCCCUAUUACUCUUAUGCACCAUUGCCGUCUCCUAUUUCCAGGCCUAUUCAUAUAGGUUUUGCGUGCAACGUAUGCAAGGUGACUCCUAUAGAGGGAUCAUGGUACCGUUGCCUCGAUCCUGCUUGUCUCAGCUACAAUAUUUGCGAGCAAUGUCUCAAGUUCAAGCCCGAAUCGCAUGACAAGGCGCAUAGGUUCCUGUACAUCCAAACUGAAGAAGAGUCUAGAAAGCUGAAUAAUCAAACCAAAGACGAUGAUGAGAACUCAGUCAUAUUAGGGUUACGGAUCUAUACUAAAGGGGAGGGAGUAGUAAAGAUCAGUGGUCAGCUUCGACAGGGAAAUAUCAUCCAAUGGAGGAGAAAGGGCAGUGGUCACCCGUGA